UGUGUUUGCACCACAUGCAUCCCGAGGUGCACACUGAAUAAAUGAAUUGGGGAACGAAAGGAAAAGAGCAGGAGGCGUGCGGAAUAAGGAAUGACGGAGUUAGGAAACUCCUGUGCCCCAGGCUCCAUCCCAGACGCUGUCCAGGAGGCGCCCCGACCUCCGACGGCCGGGCUCCCUGCCUCUCCUCAGCGGUGGGACCUGGCCGCCCGCAGGCCCCACCCCCACGCAGCCGGGGCUCUUCGUCUUUGUGACGUCACCGCCCUAGCGGGCGGGGAGAAUGGUUGCCUUGGCGACGUAAACCGAACGCCCGGGCGCUGGGAGCCGGGAACUGCGGUGCGGAGGCUUCGGAGCUGGCCUGGGCGCGCGGGGCAGGUUGGAAUCGCCUUUAGCCAAAAUCAAGCUUCACAACAAGCCUUUGUUCCUCUGCCCAGAUGCCCAAGAUCGUGUCUACUGUGGUCUCCAAGGGUAUGACUUACAACAAGAACAGUCUGGAGUCCCCGGACAACAGUUCUUCUUCAUUCAUUGAAGAAAAAAAGGAGAAACAUGGGAAAAAAGUGGCCGUGAUUGUUCCUGACCGUUCAGCAAAUCCUUUCCACAUGUCUGGAGAUGUGGAUUUCUUCUUGCUCAGAGAACAGGAGCGGAAUAAGUCUCGUGCAGAGCGGGAGCAGAAGAUGACCCUGCAGGUGCACCAAAAGAUGACGUACUCGUCCAAAGUGUCGGCCAAGCACACCAGCCUGCGUUGGGAGCUGCAGCUGGAGGACGAGAUGCAGGACCAGGAGAUGCGCGCGGAGGCAGAGCGGCUGCGCGCCUUCCACGACAACACGGCGUGGAAGCUCCACAUGACCAAAGAAAGGAAGAUGGAAUCCAAUAACAUGGACAACUACCUUAAUCAGAAGCGGCAGAUGUUUCUUAUCCAGCACGCCCUGCACAGGAAGCGGAGCGAGAUCCAGCGGCUAGAGAUGCUGGCGGCCAAGGAGGAAGCGCAGUUGGAGCAGGCUGAGAAGUCCCUGGAGAAGGACGCAGCCUUGUUCGACGAGUUUCUCCGGGAGAAUGACCGCAGCUCCGUUCAGGCCCUGAGAGCGGCUGAGAAGGAGACCAAAGCAAAGGUGGAGAAGAUCCUUGAGAUACGCGACCUGACCACCCAGAUCAUGAACAUCAAAAGUGAAAUCUCCAAAUUUGAAGACACUCUGCAACAUUACAAGAUCUACAAGGACUUCCUAUACAAGCUGUCGCCCAAGGAGUGGCUGGAAGGAAAGGAGAAGAAGCACCUGGAUCUCCAAAAGACAAAGGAGGGCACCGAGCCCCCGAAAGAGAACAUUUUAUUCUCCACAAUAGGGGACAAAGGACCAGGGAACAAGGGCAAAACAAGCUCCAGAGAUGGGCAAGGCCCAAAGAAACCCUGGAAGUUCCCGCAGGUGGCCCGGCCAGGGCGGCUCCUAUCCAGCACCAUGAGCCUCCAGCAUAGCAGCCAGCCCAGCAUGAGUAGUGGGCUAGACCCCAAAGGGUCAAGCUCUAUCUCCACUAUGUAUGAGGAUCCAGACAGUGACGGAGAGGAGCUGGAGCUGUACUUCACAGAGCCCCAGCAGCUCCUGGACAUCUUCAUGAAGCUAGAGGAGCAGAACCUCUCACUCAUCCAGAACACACAGGAGAUGGAGGAGGCCCUGGAUGAUCUGAACUUCACCCUGAAAAACACCCAGAUUCACAUCUUCCAGAGGCCACCAUGGCCCCUUCCAUUUUCAAACCAGCAAUGCCAGCCAAGUCUUUCUCACGCCCCCUCACUCGACUCUCUUUCCUGCCUCCCUCUUCCAUCUAUAAGGACGCUUAUGAUGACACUGGGCCUGACCAGACAAUCCAGGAUCAUUUCCCCAUGUCCAGGUCAGCUGGUUUGCAACCUUAAUUGCAUCUGCCACCUUUGUUCUCCCUUGCCAAAUAAUAUAAUACAUCCAUAGGGUCCUGAGAUUAGGGAGUGGACAUGUAAGGGGGCCAUUACACACCAUAGAAAUCUACCCAGCCUUAAAAAAGGAACAAGCUAUUAACACAGGCAACAGCAUGGACAAACCUCACACACAUUGUGCUGAGGGAAAGAAGCCAGGGACCAAAGACGACUUACUAAAUUAUUCAUUUGAAGUGCUGGAACCAGUUGUAUUGGUUAUCGGUUGCUGCAUAACAAAUCAUCCCAAAACUUGGUGGCUUAAUAUAACACACAUUUAUUAUUUCACCCUUUCUGUGGAUCAGGAAUCUGGGCUCAGCUGGGCUGGCUUCUCUGUUGUGGAGGCUCUCACGGAUUGCUGUCUAGGUGGUAGGUGGGCUGAGGUCAUCCCAAGACUGCACUUGGGGCAGGAGCCAAUUUCAAGCUCA